UUCGCGCUGUUAAAGCGCCGGGGUUACGGGGUCAUCCCGCGGAAGAUGGCGGCGGCUGGAACGUUGACCUUCGCGCGCUUUCUGAGCCGCAACCUCCGGGCAGCCCAGGGCUUCCCGGUGGCCGCUAGGUGUUUUGGUGUGAAGAUAUCGCCCACGGGGGAGAAAAUUACUCAUACGGGCCAGGUUUAUGAUGAUGAAGAUUACAGGAGGAUUCGCUUUGUUGGUCGCCAGAAAGAAGUAAAUGAAAACUUUGCAAUUGAUUUGAUAGCAGAGCAACCAGUGAGUAAAGUGGAAAGUCGAGUGAUCUCAUGUGAUGGUGGAGGAGGAGCUCUGGGUCAUCCAAAAGUGUAUAUAAACUUGGACAAAGAGACUAAAACUGGGACAUGUGGGUAUUGUGGACUUCAGUUUAAACAACACCACCACCACUGAAACCAAUUAUUUUCUUUGGCUCUUGUACAAUUUUCUGCAUGUAAGGAUCUUAGUAUUUUUAAAAAAUGCUUAUUUAAGAAUCACAACAUACCCUUUGUUCUAAAAAUAUUCUAUAAAUAAAAUAUAAUUGUUGAGUAUGAUUUUAAGUUUAAAGUGCUUUUUUCCCCAUGGAGUAGUCCUUGAACUGUAUUAUUUUUAAUAAAUAUAUAGCAUUCAAUUAAUAUUUUAACACACUGAUUUGCUUUAUUCUCUUUCAAGAAAAAUGAAAACCUUUCUAUCAGCAAAUGUUAAAAUAAAAUUUCUUUGCUUUUACCCAAAA